GUGCGAGGAAACAGCCUGGUUUGUUUCCGGCGGCCUCGCAUUUGCAGAUCUGGCGUCCAGGGCGUGGAGCAGCAGCUAUUCGUGCUUGGUGCACUGUGAACUCCUGUGAUAAUUAGCCUACAGUAGUUUUAUUUGCGCAUCCUCACACGUGAAGAAGAAAAUGGCCUGUGCUGAGUAUUCUUUUCAUAUGCCAAGUCUAGAGGAACUUGUUGGAGUUCUGCAGAAGGGGCUACAGGAUAACUUUGCUGAUGUGCAGGUGUCUGUAGUUGAUUGCCCUGAUUUGACUAAGGAGCCAUUUACCUUUCCUGUAAAAGGAAUCUGUGGUAAAACUAGAAUUGCAGAAGUAGGAGGUGUGCCUUACUUAUUGCCUCUUGUAAAUAAAAAAAAAGUUUAUGAUCUAAAUAAGAUUGCAAAAGAAAUCAAGCUUCCUGGAGCUUUCAUUCUUGGAGCGGGGGCAGGUCCAUUUCAGACUCUUGGGUUCAAUUCUGAGUUUAUGCCAGUUAUUCAAACAGAAAGUGAACACAAACCUCCUGUGAAUGGAAGUUACUUUGCCUGCAUUAACCCUGAAGAUGGAGGGUGCCUACUGGAGAAAUACAGUGAGAAAUACCGUGAUUAUGGGUGUGCAUUACUGGCUAAUCUUUUUGCCAGUGAGGGCCAACCUGGAAAGGUCAUUGAGGUGAAAGCCAAAAGAAGAAAUGGAAAACUUAAUUUUGUGACCUGUAUGAGACAGACUCUUGAAAAACAUUAUGGAGACAAGCCUGUAGGGAUGGGAGGUACUUUUGUAAUUCAGAAAGGAAAAGUGAAGACUCAUGUUAUGCCUAGAGAAUUUUCUCCCUGCCCUUUGAACUCUGAUGAAGACGUGAAUAACUGGUUGCAUUUUUAUGAGAUGAAGGCUCCUUUGAUUUGUCUGCCAGUUUUUGUCUCCAAAGACCCAGGGUUUGAUUUGCGAUUGGAGCACACUCACUGUUUUAGUCACCAUGGAGAAGGUGGACACUACCAUUGUGACACUACCCCAGAUGUAGUGGAGUAUCUUGGCUACUUCUUACCUGCAGAGCUUCUCUAUCGCAUUGAUCAACCAAAAGAGACUCACUCAUUUGGGCGGGAUUAAGUCAACUGCUACUCAUUUAGAAAAAGAAAUGAUUAACUAAGUUAAUUAAUCGAUUAACGCAGGAAUUGAUGCAAAUAUAAAAUCCAACAGAAAUUAUCUCACUACUUAAACUCUCUAUUUUUGGCCUUUGAAA